AUGAGAAUGUUAAGGUGGUCCGCAGGCGUGACGAAAUUAGAUAAAAUAAGAAAUGAGUAUCUCAGAGGCACAUUUAAGGUAGCCGACAUUAAAGAAAAACUAGCCGAAAAACGACUGAGAUGGUAUGGUCACGUCAUGCGUAGAGACGAGGAGCACCCUGUUAGAAAAGCACUUAACUUGUCAAUACCUAAGAGAGGACCAGGUAGGCCACCAUCAACAUUGCUUGGCACAAUCAACAAAGAUAUGAGUAAAGCAGGAUUGAACGCGGAGACAACCCAAGACAGGAGUUCUUGGCGCCUCAGAUCAAGGAGGGCCGACCCCAAAUAA